AUGCAGCAAGUGGACGAUCCCCCCUAUUUGACUGUUGGAACGGAAGUAAGCGCCAAAUACAAGGGGGCCUUCUGCGAGGCGAAGGUGCGCAAGGUGGUACGGAACAUCAAAUGCAAGGUCGCGUACAAGCAGGCCGGCCUCGGGUCCGGCGUCGUGUCGGACGACCAGAUCAAGGGCGCGCUGCGUGUCGGGGCCACGGUCGAGGUGCGGCACCCGGAGCGCAAGGAGUAUGUGGAGGCCACGCUGACGAAAAUCCAGGACUGCUCCCAGUACACGGUGGUGUUCGAUGACGGCGACAUUACGACACUCCGGCGGAGCGCCCUGUGCCUGAAGAGUGGCCGCCACUUUAACGAGAGUGAAACGCUCGACCAACUUCCACUCACACACCCGGAACACUUCGGUAAUCCGGUCAUCGGAGGCCGAAGGGGUCGCAGAUCACGGCACCUGAUGCCCGACGAUAGCUCGGACGAGGACGAUGAACCGACGCCCCACUCGCGGUCGGCCGCCAGCGAUAAGGAGGAAAACAUUGGCAAGGUGGUGUGCGUCGAGACGAGCGACAACAAGAAGAAAAACCCGAAGGAGAACUGGUUCCCGGGGCUGGUGGUGGCACCGACGGCCCAGGACACGGUGCGCAUCCGGGUGAAGGACGAGUACCUGGUGCGCUCGUUCAAGGACGGCCGGUACUACACGGUGCCGAAGAAGGAAGCGACCGAGUUUACGCGAGACAGCGUGAACCGAUCGGAAGCGGCCGCCGUGUCGGCCGCGAUCGAGUACAUGGACAAAGAUGUGCUGCCUCCGCACUGGGACCGCGAGGCGCUGUUCGGAAUGGCGGACAGCUGUAGCGACUCGGAGCAGGAGCUCGAAACGGACAGCUCGGACGAUGAGCCGACCGAGGAGAAGGACCACUUUGUGGCGCAGCUGUACAAGUUCAUGGACGACCGCGGGACGCCCCUGAACAAGGUGCCGUCGAUCAUUAACCGGGACGUGAAUCUGUACCGCCUGUUUCGGGCGGUCCAGAAGCUGCACGGCUACAACCGGGUCACGAGCCAGAACCAGUGGAAACAGAUUGCGCUCCGGCUGGGCUUCUCACCGGCCACGGCCAGCAUCACGAAUCUGGUGAAGCAGGCGUACAAAAAGUUCCUGUUCUCGUUCGAAGAGUUCAACCGGAAGCUGGGCUGCACGAUGGUGCCGCACCCGAAGACGAGCCGCUCGAAGGGCCGCAGCCUGGUGCGGGCCAGCUCCGUGCAGUCGCCGAAGCUGCCGGAGAAGGAAAAACUAACCGCCAAGGAACGGGCAGCAGCAGUGGCGGCCGCUGCCACCACCGUCAGUGCCACGAGUGUCAAUGCAUCGUCCGGCAGUUCCGGUUCGGGUAGUGGCGGCGGUGAUGCGACAGGUGGGCCGGCUGGGAACUCGGCCAUCGACGAAUCGGGCAACACCAGUGAAUCGAGUACGGCCGAAAGUGCCACCUUGCGACCAACCACCAGCAGCAAGCGCAAGGUGGUCGCCCACGGUGGCGGUAGCAAGGUCCGGGCACUGGUCGAUAAGUUCGAGGAGAAAGGCAAAGACCGGGACAAGGAGAAAUCGGCAACACCGUCGUACGAGGCGAAAUCGGCCGAUGGUGGAGGGAAAAAGGAAGAAAAAGAUGGCGGACCCACGCCCGGAACGGCCGUGUCCAUAGCGGCGGCGGCAAAGAAGGAAAAGGUGCCCAGCAAGGUCGCUUCGAAAACGAUCGACACGAUCGUGGAGAAGCGUGGCCGCAAACGGAAGGAUGCUGAUUCGGUCGAUUCAAAAAAGGACGAUCGGGAAGGAUCGUCAGGCGGUGGCGGUGGCGGCAGCGGUGGAAGCGGUGGGAACACCACCACCGUUCCCAGAGGACCGUCGAGUGCCAAACCGGAAAAGUUUUCCGCCGCGCCAUCCAGCGGUCAGACUGGUCAGAGCAGUGGCAGUGGCAGUAGUGGUCCCAACGGUGAUGGUCCCGGCGGUGGAUCAGGCACCGUAGGCCACCCAGGCAGAGGCAUUAGCCCUGGCGGUGCAUCAACACCCGAUUUCCCCAUCGAAGCAGGCGAUAAGCUCAAAGUGUACUACGAUGAACAGAAAGUGACGUACGAGGCGAAGGUGAUCGAAAUUGCGAUCCAAGAGGGAAGCCCGAUCUACUUGGUCCACUACACCGGUUGGAACACAAGGUACGACGAAUGGGUUCGGAAGGAACGGAUUGCGGAAAACUUAACCAACAGCAAAACGAAGAAGGGCAAAUCCAACUCAAGCUCUAGUUCGUCGAAUAAUGCCCCCACGGGUGGCAAUAAAUCCGGACCCGGAUCCGGGGGCGAUAAGACGCCCCGAGCCGGCAAACGUAUCCGUGGCAACUCGAAGGGUGACGGUGGUCCGGGCAGUAUGACCCCGCGGGCGACAACACCGAACGUGGGUCGCACAAAGUCACCGGCCACACCGUCGAACCGGCGGCCCCUCACCCGGGGUUCUGGUUCCGCGGCCAACUCCGGCUCGCUCUCGUCCGUGACGGCCGCCGCCGCUGCCGCACUGGCCGGUCGGCGAACGUCGAACAAUACGGACAUUUCGUCCUCGCUGUCGGUGCCAACCGAUCCGGACAACACAAGCGACACCGAUUCGGAUGAGCCGAUGAUGAAAAAGUGCACCACGAACAGCACCUCGUCGACGACCUCGUCCAACUCGUCCAUCUCGAUUUCGUCCACGAGCACGAAAGUAAGUACCACCGCCGAGGCCGGUUCGUCGUCCGAUGCUGCGGCCAUCUCCGACGAGUUUUCCAACGGUGCAGCAACCAAGGGUGGUGGUGGUGGUGGUGGCCGUGACUAUGAUCUCAAACAAAUCCGUUCCGAGAUGAAGGGAGGUUUCAAGGAGCUCAAAUCACCGGGCUCACCGGCUUCCGAUACGACCACCACGACGACAACGACCACGACGGCGACCGGUGCGGCCGGUGAUGGGCCAUCGGUGAGCGCCAAGCUACAACCGAAGCAGGAAGCGACAACCGCACGCAGUGGUACGGCGAUGACGACGUCGGCGGCACAGGUCGGUGCCAUCAAGGAGGAACCAACGAUCGCGGGCUGCGUGAAAGAGGAAGAAUCGACCGUAACGGAAGAGGACGAUGAACCGGGAAAGUCCUCCGAAUCGGAAACGCUCAGCGAGGAAGACAGCUCACAGUCGUCCAACAAAGCGUUCUCCAGCUCGCCGAUCACGACGAUGGUCGAUUCGGACACGGCCGAAACGCCACUGCAGGGAGGACCACUGAUCGUCUCCAGUCCCAAGCUGUCCUCGUCCCCGGAACGUUCCGGUGGGCUUUGUGAGCCGGACGAUUCCUCGUCCACCGAUGCGCCACUCGUACGUCCGGGUACCACGGCCGCAGCCGCCGCUGCUGCCGCCGCUGCCGCUGCCAGGUUGACGGAUGUAAAAGGGCUGCUCGGAAGCAUCAAAUCCGAACCGACGGCGGCGGCGGUGAAGGAAGAGAGCAGCUCGCCGUCCGUUAGUAAACCACCGAUCAAAACUUACGGAACGGCGGCGACCAUCAUUGCCAACUCGGAAAAGAUGGCAUUUUGUAGCUUGCGUGACGUGUCUGCUGAACCCGGGGCCAACGUUGACACUAAACCACCCGAUUCCACCCCGAUCGGCGUUGAGGCGGUGAAGCAAGAGUCUCCGGUUAAAGCGGAACCAUCCGCUACUCCCGUGGCGCACGGAAGUUGGCCGAAGAAGGAAGAGGACGAUGAAAAGGUUUCUCCCGCAGCGGCCACGAAGCUAGCGUCCCCGCCUGGCACGAAACAGUCACCGGUCGCCGCGUCGAAAGCGACGCCGGUCAAGAGUGAAUCGGUUUCACCUGCUCAGAGCGUCAUAACGAUCACCAGCCCCGGCACCGGUUCCGGUCAAACGAAGGCGCAAAUCAAAUCGCCCAAAUCGUCUUCGCUGGCCACGCUGGACGAAAGUGCCGGUUCCGUGAUCGGGAAAACGCUGAGCAGUGUGCUUUCCGCGAACUCGAUCUCGUCAGCAGCACCGGUCCCGGCCACGACGGCGGCGUUGGCAUCGGUAUCGAUAGCGCCGUUUUCGAUCGCACACGCCGCCGGCAGCAGUAGCAGCACGUUGGCCGCUCUCCGGGCGGAGAAGAAACAUUUUUCAGCCAUCGGUAGCGCCGCAAACCUCGCGGGGGUUCCCGGUGGGGUCGCGUCUGAGAAGAAAGGCGCACUGGUGGUCAGCAGUGGCAGUAACCCCGUACCGGCGGUAGCAGGCCCACCGACCGCGACCGUUGGUGGCCCUUUAAAACACGGUGCUGGGCAGCUGCUGGGGGAAAAGAAACACUUUUCCUCGUCCACGCUGACGCCGGCCCAGAACAAGUUGCUCAGCAAGGAGGCCCUGUCGAUCAAGUCCAUAUUCGAGUCGACCGCCAACCGGAUGGAUGAGAAAAUUUCCGACAUCUACGAGUUUAAGGAGGCCGAAGACGAGUUUGAUGACCCGGAGGUGACCGGUGCCAGCCGAAAGCUCGUCUCGGACGUUCCGCCGGCCGAAGUGGUCAGCUCGCUAACGCCAGCACUCGUUGCGUCGCCGGUGGCCUCCGCCGGUACUGGGCUGUUGGAUGAUAAGCGCAAGAAACCGUUGCAGCGUAAAGGUGCUCUUCACAGCACCGAACCACCCGAUACGCCAUCACUUGGUGGCGGCGCUGGUGGCUAUGGUGCGGUGAAACGAACGAAAAAGAUGUCCCCCCACAAACCGGUGGCAGCGGUCGAACCGCCGACCACUGCGGAACCAGCCAAGCCAGCGAAAACUGGUGUCCGUCGUGAGACGAAGGAAAAGGACGAUCAACCGACCGACCCGUCGACAGCGAACGUGCCGGGGAUCGCAACACCGUUCAGCACGAUCGUCACUCCCGUCAAGAGUGACUCGACGUUUGAUGUGCUCCGUAAAUCGCCCAGCUUCAACCUUGUGGCCAACCAACCCCUGACCAAGGAUGAGGCGGUCAAGGCGCAGGAGGAAACUAAAACCACCACCACGGCGGCACCACCGUUGGUUUCGGCGACGGCACCGGGAAUCUUCACACCGGUUAUUGCCGGCACACCACUCUCCGCAUCGGGUGAUCGCAGUUCGGCCGGCAAUCUGAUGACUGCGCCCGGCAAAGGACCGUCCACUUCCGUCCUGCUGGCCAUUGCAGUGGACGAUAAGCAGAAGGAAGAGCCAACGUUAGAGAACUGCAAAAAGUACUUUAACGACAUGAACUUUGAGUUCGAUGCACCGACCGUCAAAAAGCCGCCCUCGAUCGCGGACAAAGUGCUGAAGGCACUGAGCCAACAGCAGCAGCAGCAACAGCAGCAGCAACAGCAGCAGCACUCGAUGCCCACCGUCAAGUCAGAAAAGAUGGACUUUCUUCCGUUAAAGUUUAUGCCCAGCUCGAUGCACCAUCAUCCGCUGAUGCACAGCAGUAAACCGACCCCGAUCGGCGGCAGUGCCCUGGAGACUCCGUUGGCGAUAUCAUGCGCCGCCUCUUCCAUCGUUCCCAGCACCGGAACACCCAGCGGAGUGUCGUCCGUCGUAAAACUGGAAUCAUCCAACGCGACCCUCUACUCUCCGACUCCGGUGCCACUCAAAGUGGAUCCCGGUUCGGUAGCGGAGCAGCAGACAAAGGCCGAACCAACGCCGCCGGGCACUCCGGCACGACAAGAAUCAGAAGAACCAUCGCGGGUUGGUGCUCCGAAACCAAACAAUUCUCCGCUGGCUGCCGGUGCACCACCGGCCACGGUUUCGGUACUAUCUCCACCACCACAAACGGGUGCCCACGGCAAAUUGAUGGACCACCUUCCUCCGGCAGCUCGGAGCAACGACCUCACGGAGUCGAUCCGUAAGCUGGACGAUCCACGAUCGUCCUUCACACACGAUGACGAGUCCACCGACAGUAACGAUUCCGAGCAUCGGCUCAUCAUCGAGGAUGCGGAAUCGCAGGGCAGUGGCGAGCCACCAUCCGGUGCGGCCCAUCUGGCAGCCUUCGCUGCCACUGCGACUCUACCGACCACCGAUCGUAUUAAUGCGCCCGGACAACAACACGAGCGCACCGCAACGGCAGUGAUCGUACACUACGAUCAAAGUAUGAAGCUUCAAACGUCAGCCGUGGUUGGUGCGAAAAAGGAACUGUUUGAGGAGAAACCACGGAUCACAUCGACCGCGGCGACCAUUGUCACAUCGUCACAACCCUCCACCACCUCCAUUACCCUCGAGAUGGCAUCGGCCGCAUCGGCCGCUGCAGUUGCAGCCGUGGCGGACAAGGAGAAGAUCAUUUUCGGGCACGACGCAACCGCAACGACGCAGCCCAAGGACGAAACGAUUUCAACCCCACCAACAACUGUACACCGCACAGCACCUCCGUCUUCAUGUUCCUCCGCUACGGGAGCGACGGUCACCGCGGCCAACGUGGUAGUGGCGGACAAACCGAAGCCGCCGAGCGGUGGCGGUGCGAAGCAAAGUUUACUGGAAACGAUCAUACAGAGCGAACUGAACACGGUCAACCGUGGGCUCGGCUCGGAGAGCUAUCUGAAGCUGAAGAAACAGACGGAUCGUCAGGCAGAAAUUGAUCGUUUUUCGCAAAAGGUAGAGCUAACCAUUGCUGCCUUAUGCUCCGUUCCGUCGUCGUCGUCGUCGUCGUCGUCGGUCAUUACUACUUCCAGUGGUGGGAAUCAAGAACCGUGCCAACUGGUCGACGACAAGCUAGGGCAACAAUCUUCCUCUCAACAGCAACAGCAGGCAAACAAUGAAUCUCUCUCGCUGUUACUCUGCGAGGAGACGAUCCCCGGUUCACCGGCCCCGAAAGAUCACGACCGUUUGCCACCGGCCAGUGGGGGCCGAAAGGUGUACGCCGAGCCACCGCUCGCAUCCGCUUUUCUACCACCGCAAUCCAUUCAGACGGCCAGCGAUCUGAAGCACGUACCGAUGGAUCUGGAACCGCCGGUGGUGACGAUCACGAUCGCCGGAAACACGACGAUCAGCAGCACGAGCAGCGUACAAGGUGGUGGUGGUGGUGGUGCUCCGUUUGGUCACGCUUCGUCGCGCGUGAUGGGACCGGUUGGUGGCGGGAGCGGUGCCAAAGGUGGUGGUGCUGAGUCUGCGGUUGAUACACCGAACAGUUCACCGCGGGAUUCCGUCAGCCAGGAUGAGGCACACGAUCAAGAGUCGUCACCGCUGAAGAAACGGCGCCAGCGCAAACCGAGUGAAGAACCGACUCACAAGCGGCGGCGGACGGUAAACUCCAGCUUUGCCUGUGGUGGUGGUGGUGGGUACAGCAGUGCAAACAAUGGUGGUGGUUCCAGCAGCGGCUACGGUCGCAGCCAGCGAGGAACGGCUACAAACAACGCUUCCGACAGUGAAGACAAUUCGGACUCACUGGCCGCUUUCCAUCGAGCGUCGGCCCUCAUUACCGGGGGCAAAUCGGGCCGCGCUGGCCAGUACAACUUCCUGGUGAACUUAGACCCCAGCCUAAACACUAACCAGCGGAUAGCGAUACUGAAAAAGAAGAUUCAGGAACUGCGCAAAACGUACAACGCCAUCAAGGCCGAACUGGCCAGCAUCGACCGGCGGCGCAAGAAGCUGCGGCGGCGCGAGCGGGAAAACAAAAAGCAGGCCAAACUGAACAGUGCCAGUGCGGCGCAAUAAGAAUCGCAGUCGUCGCAGUUUACCAAACGGACGCCUACUUUGUUGGUAUGUUGCACUUUUGCACUUUUCUCGACUUCUCGGCGGAAUGGACCUCCAUCCUGGCAGGAUUUGCUUCAAAACGAAGUUAAGAUUUUCAUCUGGCAACACACUGAUAUCAAGCGUGUUCUCUUCUUAUUAAGCGUGUUUUUUAUCAACCUUAUCGUGGUAUUUGACACACCUGAAACCGGUGUAGAAAUCUGUACGUACGGAUGUGUAAAACAUCUCUCCCUUAGGAUAAGCCAGCUCUUUUACUCGUAAACAUACUAAGGAUCGUUACGGAACCGGAACGUCAGUACAAACGGCCGUACUGUGUAGUGUUUAGGUUUUGUAAAUACUGUUUCUGAUAGGCGACCUUCAGCCGGUAGUGCGCGCAUUAAGCUUUUAAUAGAGGAUUUCGUUUUUUUAUCUUCGUUUUUGCCAGCCGGUACAAAAACUCAUC